AUGCCAAAACUACCUAAGUACAAUGGGACCUCAGAUCCCAACGAACACAUCACCACCUAUACGUGCGCAGGAAAAGGCAACGACCCAAAAUAUGAUCAGAUCGAGCCCGUAUUGUUGAAGAGGUUCGGGGAAACACUCUCGAAAGAAACCAUAAUGUGGUGUCAUAACCUAGUGCCCGACCCCAUAAACUCACUUACCAUACCAGCAGGCUCCUCCAUAAAGAGACACGCUGAUGCCAUCGAAGCAACAACAAGGGAGCCCGACACAUCUAGGGCCGAACAAAGGGGGAAUGAAACACCAUGGGAAUUCACACCUUAUUCCCUGAUGGAACGAACGAGAUUGCCCCCGGUCUCAGAUAACUUGGCCAUACAGGCCUUCACUCAAAGCCUAAACAAACCAGGCCCGGCGAUUUCAGGACAGUUCAAACAAAACUUGAUCAAAUACCUAGCCAAGACCUGGUCGGAUGCCCGUACCCAGCAUCAGUCACAAAUCAGGGUCGUGGAUGACCACCCAGGAGCCUCCUCGGGCUCAACUUAUCCAAACAGGCUCCUAGCAAAGAAACCAAUGCCAAACAGAAGGAGAUUCGAUGAGGACGCAUGGCCGACAAGGGUGCCUCGCCCAUCAGAGUACAAUUUCCACAUCGCUAUACCAAACAUCGUGUUCGCCGUAGGCAAAACCAGGGAUGUCGAAUGGCUCGGACCAAUUCGGUCAAAUUCCUCUCAAAGGGAUAACAGUAUGGCGUGUAAACUACAUAGCAAGUGCGGCCGCGGGGCCGAAGAUAGCCACCAGCUCCGAAGGAAAGAUGACAAGACGCUCGACAAAAAUCACUACCGAGAACUGACGAGUGACCGAAUUCAAGUUCAGUCCCCAGUAUGGCAGGCGGCCAGCAGGAACAAAGAAAACAGGCCGCAGCGCAUUGCCACGACAAUGGAAAAUCAACGAUCCUUUCCAAGAACUUGUAAAAGGGAGAGCACAAUUUCUCGUCACCAGAGAAAGGUAGAUCUGGGGAUAUACCCCAAGGGAUGCCCUUACAUUCAACAAAGAGGAUACCGAGGCCUCGUCUUGACCUCACAAUGA